GGGGCCCUCGUUGUAGUCUCGGGCCCCCGGGGGGUCCCCAUCGCCACCCCCCCGGGCCCGUGCCACCGGCUCGUUACUGGCCCGGUGCCCACCGGAGCCGCUCCCGAGGCCGGGCCCGGCCCCGCCGUGUGCCCAGGGCUCGCCCCGGGCCCUCCGUUCACCCCCCGGUGUCGCUGCCCCCGGUGCUUGGCCCUCCCCCCAGGGCCCCGGUGACCCCGGGCUCGUUCGUCCCGGUGAAUCCGGGAGUCCCGGGACCGGAACCCGGCCGCGUCCGGUUUUCAGCUGGCACCGGGGCCGAGCCGCCCGGUGACGCUCCCGGCCCCACGCACCGGGCGUUACCCGCGGCCGAGCCCUGCCCGGCGCUGAGUCACGGCCCCGGUUUGGGCAGCAAGGCCCCAGGCCUCACGCAGACGCCGUUUGCCCGGCGCACAAAGCACCGGGCGCUGCGCACGGCGCCGCUGCCAGCAGAGGAGCGGCUCCCGGCUCCUUCGUAGCCCCCCGCGUCUCGUCGUAGCCGUCCUCGGAGACACAAACCGAGUCCCGGCACGGGGAUCCGCCGUGAAGCCGGGCCCCGGGGAAGGCUGACGGGACUUGGCGGAGCUCGGGGGGCACCGGAGCGGGGCACGGAGCCGCCUGGAAGCCCCGAGCAGGCUGGUCCCGGAGCCGAGGCGAGCUGAGAUUUGCCAGCCCUGAGCUUUUUUCUUUUUCUUUUUUUCUUUUUUUCUCUCUCUCCGCAGCUCUCCUCCGGGGCAGCGGCGGUUUCGUCUGCGCGUAGUAGCAGGAAGCAUUUAAAAGACCUUUCCGGGGGUUGUUUCUGUUCCUGCCUUAUUACUAGGUCGGAUGCUCUCGCCACCCUGAGGGAGCGCGGAGGCAGGAGCUGCCGAGGGGGCUGAUCUGCUUGUGCUCCGGACCAUGGACUCAUUGAGGGCGGCCCAGGUGUGAAAAUGUCCAGCAGCAACCGGGACUUGGUGAUUGACUUUGUCUCCUACAAGCUGGCGCAGAAGGGCUACAGCUGGAGCCAGCUGGAGGAAGAGGAUGAGAACAGGACUGACCUCGCGGCGGAGGCCGACACGGACGGGGUGCUCAACGGGAGCCCGUCCUGGCACCCGCCCGCCAGCCAGGUAGUGAACGGCGCCGCCGUGCACCGGAGCGGCCUCGAGGUCCACGAAAUCGUUCGGUCAGCCGCCGUGAGGCAGGCGCUGCGAGAGGCGGGGGACGAGUUUGAGCUGAGGUACCGCCGGGCCUUCAGCGACCUCACCUCCCAGCUCCACAUCACCCCCGGCACGGCGUACCAGAGCUUCGAGCAGGUGGUGAACGAACUCUUCCGCGAUGGAGUGAACUGGGGGCGCAUCGUGGCUUUCUUCUCCUUCGGAGGGGCGCUGUGCGUGGAGAGCGUCGACAAGGAGAUGCGGGUACUGGUGGGGCGCAUUGUGGCGUGGAUGACCACGUACUUGACCGACCAUCUAGACCCCUGGAUCCAGGAGAACGGCGGAUGGGAGCGGUUUGUGGACCUCUACGGGAACGAUGCUGCUGCGGAGAUGAGGAAGGGCCAGGAGACCUUCAACAAAUGGCUCCUGACCGGGGCGACGGUGGCCGGAGUGCUCCUGCUGGGAUCCCUGCUGAGCCGCAAGUGACCCGCCGCCCCGUCCCGCCCCGUCCCGUCCCGCCCCGUCCCGCCCCGUCCGUCCCGUCCCGUCCCCAGGACGGCUGCGCCUUCACCGCCACAUCCACUACACGGCUCCCGAGCGCCGCCGCUGCGGGGGCAGACCCCCCCCGCGCCUCCCGGGCAAGCGCCCUGCUCCGCGGAGCUCCCUCCCUCGCGCCGCCAGCUCCUUUUCUCGUAGCUCCUCUUAUUUUACCGUUCCGUUGGGUUUGAAAGGCGCUGAGACCGAUGCAGCACUUCAGCCGACAGCUCCCAGCGCUGGGGAGAUCCAGGCAGCCGGGGGCGGGGGGGGGGGAGCGCUGGCUAGAAGGCGUCCCAGCCCUGCGGGGUCCUUUAGAUCACUUCGAAGAGAAUAAACAGACUUAUUUUUGCAUGUGUGAGUGCGUGCAUGUGUGUAGAUGUGUCACUAAGGUAAGGUUCCCCAGCCAGAGCGAGGGUCUGGGCUCCGGCCUGCGGCGUGCUCCGCUCCUGCGCCCCAGCCCUGCCCCGCUGCAGCAGCCGGGGGGGGGCACAGAGCUGAGCUUUGCCGUCCCCGCAGCGUCCCUCCCCGUCCCCUCCUCGCCCGGCGCUGCAGGAGGGCUCCUGCCCGCCGGGAGGAGGAGGAGGCUGAGGCUGAAGCCGAGGGCGAGGGGCUCCGAGCUUGCCCGCCAGCCCCCUGCUCCCCCCUGGGGGGCAGCUGCUGGGAGCUGAGGCCGCCCCGCGGGUGCUGAGGAUGGUGCACCAGGCCCAGGGCUGUGCCGGGGGGAAGGGGCCUUCUCCUCCUCUGCUCCUCCUCCUCCUCCUCCUCCUCCUCCUCCUCCUCCUCCUCCUCCUCCUCCUCCUCCUCCUCCUCCUUUUCUCUCCUCUCCCUCUGCGCCGCUCGGGGUUGCUGUGUGGCACUGCAUGGCCUCCCUUGUCCCCCCCCCCCCCCCCCCGUGUCCAUCCCUCCCCACGCUCGCUCCGCGGCCCCGCUCUUCGCUUUGCUGUCGGAUUCGGGCCAGGACGGAGGCAGGCGAGGGGGCAGAGCUCUUCCCCCGCCCGCAGGGCAGGGCAGCACGAGGGGCCGCAGCGCCCCAGCACCUUCCGGCACCUUCCAGCAAGCGCAGCAACAGAGCGGGGAUGUGGAAGGGGCAGGGGGAGCAGGACCCCGCGGGGGGGCUGCCGGGACAGGACGGCGCUCCCAGCGCCGUGGCGGGGAAGGGCUGGAGCAGGCGAGGACCCGGGAGCAGCAGCCACGGGACCAACGCGGGAUCCAACGCGAGGGGUGGCAGCAGGGGCAGCGCCGGGGCCGAGGGCUGGUGGCUGCUGCCCCCCCAGGUCGCUGCCGGUCCCCGCAGCGCAGGCAGAGGGGUCCCCGCCCCGCGGCGUGGCUGUGACGGGUGCGUGCGGUGCUCGAGGCGCCUGGCUUCUCCCCGCGCUGCUCCUGCCGCGGGCGUCGAGCCGCCCCGCAGGCCUCGAAGCAACCCCCGGUGCUCGGGAGACCACGGGGAGGCCCGGCUGUCCCCGCGGGCUGCUCUGUGUACAUAGCGCCCGCGCUCUGCUGUACAUAUCCGAGUAGUUUUUAUUCCUUUGUGAAGACUCUAACGCUAUUUUUGUUAUCUGUACGUCUGUAUUUAUGUGUGGUGCCGUGCUCUGCGGAGGCCCGGGCGGGCUGGGGCCGGAGGCCGGGCUCCUCCGCUAACGGAGCACCCGAGAGAGUGGGGUGAGAGCAGCGGGGGGGGGGGGGGGGCCCUUCCCCGCCCCCCCACCCCCCCCCCCCCGCCCCGGCCCCGGGGCGCUCCCCGCACGCCGCAGGGCGAGCGCCGAACGCUUCGGUUUGCAGGUGGAGGUGAGUCCACAAAUAAACUCUGUCGUUGGA